AAUGACAACUCAUUUCUCCACUCUCUUGACAAAAACAGAACACCAAACAUUUAAACCUUUCAAAACGCAAAUCUCACAAUCCAACAACAAAAAAAGCAAGAAAAUGUCUCUGUUUCUUCUUCUUGCUCUUCUUCUACUCCCAUUCAUCACUCCAUCUUCACAAUCCUCAAUCCGAAACCUCCUCGAAGCUCGUGGUUUACCAGGUGGUUUAUUUCCAGACAACGUGGAGAGUUACAGUCUAGACGUAAAGACAGGGGAGCUCGAAGUUCAGUUACAAAAUCCUUGUUUUGCUCGGUUCGAAAACAGAGUAUAUUUUGAUAGUGUGAUUAAAGCAAAUCUUAGCUAUGGUGGCCUUGUUGGGCUUCAAGGUUUGACACAAGAAGAGCUUUUUCUUUGGUUACCAGUCAAAGGCAUUGCAGUGAAUGAUUCUUCUUCUGGACUUGUUCUUUUCGAUAUCGGUGUUGCUCAUAAACAAAUCUCUCGCUCUCUCUUUGAAGAUCCUCCUGUUUGCUAUCCACCCGGAUCUAUUAUGGAGAAGAUAGAGAAGAGGAAGAUGGAUAUUCAACUCCAGAGAUAAGAGGAUUUUUUUGAGGUGUAUGAGAUUGAAAACUUAAAUCUUCUCUCUCUCAAACGUGAACAAAAUAUGUGUCUACUUUUUCUCUUUGGGUUGGGCUGUUUUGUGAAAACUGAAAUGUGGGAGAAAAUUUGUAAAAUAUGGAAAGAAGACAGGAAAAUUUUGGAACUUUGUAUAAACUAUGGGGUCUACAAUGUAAUCAAUUUUGUCACUUGUCAUUUUUCGUUUCUUUAUUUGAGAAUAUAUAUAUAGAGUACUUUUAAAUAUA